GCCUCGUGCUAAAUUGAUAACUAAACGAUAAGAUAUCCAUAUGCCAUUCUUCUCUUCGAAAAACAACCAGCUACGCCACAGAUGACAGCCGCAGAGGCUUGAUCGACAGCGAGGAGGAUGCAAUCCUACCCCACACAAGCCACCACAGCAGACAUCUUCAACCCCAAGAUGAAUUAGACACCAUUGAGCUGAAAGAGUCCCAAGACCGUCAAGAAAGCCAGGAGAAAUUGCACAAUGACGACGAAAAGAAGACGAAAUCGCUCGUCCUCAACCCCAAAAACUGGAUGCAGGGCAUGCAACUGUGCAUUUACGUGACUGCCUCCAUUUUGGCCCUAAAUGUGGCCCUCACCAUCGUCGCGUGCGCGGUCGCCUUUGCCCAUUCCAAUCAGCGUUUUGCUGUUAUGGCACCGUUGUUCAAGGGCAGUUGUUCGAAGACUCAAAAUACAGCGACUGGGAUGCAUUUGGCUAUCAACGUUCUCAGUACUGCGAUGCUGGCUGCUGGUAAUUAUUGCAUGCAGGGCUUGGUUGCUCCAGACCGUGAGGACAUUGACCAUGCGCACUCUCAACGCCAAUGGCUCGAUGUUGGAUUGAGCAGUCUCAGGAACUUGGUCAUCGUCAGUUGGAGACGUAAGGUUCUGUGGGCGACGCUGUUGUUUACGACUCUGCCUAUCCAUUUGUUAUAUAACUCGACUGUCUUUUCAUCCAUAGACAUCAAUGCGUACCAACGCGUAAUAGCCUCACCGGAGCUGGAUUGGAAAACAGCCGAUAUCAGCGCCAAUUACGGCGCCUGCUGGCAGCAAAACACCAACCAGAGUCUGUCCAGCUUCAUGACGCAACUCAAUCAAGGCUCGUAUCAGAAUAUGACGGCUGAAGAAUGUCUCGAUUCGCUCAAUAAGAAUCAACUGGUGCCUGGCCGCGGAACAGUGGUACUACUGGUCGACUAUAACAACACCCAGCUAACAGAUUCAAUCUUCGCCGGUGGUGUCAACUAUCCAGAAUUUUUCUCUGAUCUGGCUCCUCUUGAGCCGGGGUAUGAGGGAAACAUUGCCUACAAUUGGUCAGUGCCGGCCUGGAAUAUGAAAGUUCCAGCGUUAGGAAGCACGGUGGAAUUCAACCAGUCCAGUCUCAAUCCUGUGUACAAGUUCAUCAGCAACAAAGAACUAGAGGAGCCGAACAACAAUUUCACAGCCGAGGUUGAACAGCUCCAAGAAGAUACCAACACCCUCUUCCGAUAUAUUGAGGGAAACGUAUAUGAUGCGAAUCAGAUACACCAAUUCCUGGGAAACAAGAGCAAUUGGGCCAACAGCUCAUGGGCUACCGAGGUCUCGUUUGAUGAAAACCCACCCCAAACAUGCAUGGCUGAGUGGCCCCAUAAUCCAGUUGGAUGGGAAGGCCACUUUCCUUUGCAAGCUUGCCUUGUCAUGGAAGGCGAGGAGCAUUGUCAGUUGUUUUUCAGUCCUGCUAUAUGCUUUGUUGUUAUCGUCUGUAACGCAAUCAAAGUGGCCUGCAUGUUUCUGGCAACUCGUCAGGACCGUGGAGAAAUUCUUCUGACAACUGGUGAUGCCAUUUCUUCUUUUCUAAAACGGCCGGAUCCGUACACUGUUGGGCGAUGUUUGAUGUCCAAGGAAACACUGACAAAAGACACACAGCCUUGGGGAGGACAUUGGUAUUGGUUUCUCCCUUGGUUUUCUCAUCAGCCACUCGCUCCGAAUUGGGAGCCUCAUGUUGUCCCGGAUAUUCUCCCUGGUCGAAAGAGAUGGUUCCAGGCUGCUAGUAAAGGCCAUUGGGGGGCUUUGGUUGCAUUAUGCCUAUCCAUAAUCACUGCAGCAAUCUAUCUUCUGGCAGGCGGCAUCAUGCAUGUACGCAGAAACCACGAUAUCGACUUCCAAUCCCUCUGGAACCUGGGAUUCGGUUCUCUCAACCAAUACAGUCUCUUCGCAAGCACAGACAAAGAAUCCUUCGGCAUCAUCGUUCUCGCCAACACACCCCAGUUAAUCGUCUCCGUCGCCUACUUCCUCUUCAACUACAUCCUCACCUCCAUGCUCCUCGUAGUCGAAUACACCAGCUUCGCCACAGAGCGCAAAGCACUCCGCGUCUCGUGGCCCACGGAUUCCCAGCGCUCAACUUACUUCCUCACCCUCCCAUACCGGUAUAGCAUACCGCUGAUGAUCAUCUCCGCGAUCCUGCACUGGCUCGUCUCGCAGUCGCUUUUCUUCGGCGUUAUCACCGUCAACCCGCUUGUCACUUACAACGAGUCCAGUACGAUAAUGACCACCGCAGCAUGGUCGCCCAUGGCGACGAUUUUCGCCAUUAUCCUCGGCGCUCUUAUGUUAACGGUUUUGCUGGGUCUGGGCCUUAGGCGGUUUAAAUCGCGCAUGCCGAAUGCUGGGAGUUGCAGCGCUGCUAUCAGUGCCGCUUGUCAUCCUCCGAGUGACGAUAGAGAUGCGGCUGUCAAGGCUGUUAUGUGGGGGGAGACAGCUCAUCCAGUUGAUGAUAAUGAUAAUGAUAAUGAUUAUGAUUAUGCGUCCGGAAACCGAAUUAUGUAUGCUCAUUGCAGCUUUGCUUCUCUCGAUGUUGAGUCGCCGGUUUCUGGGAAGGUGUACACAUGAAAAGAUGGUUUCAUUUACAAAAGUUCGAUUUGUAUAUAUUCCUCGUAAAGCAUUUAGUAUAAGUAUACCCCAGUGGUGAGCGAUUGAGUUUUUUUGUAUAAAGACAUUUAACUUUGGACAGGAAAACUGAAGAAAAAUAGUACUAAUAAUAUGAUGGAUGCUACAAAUAAAC